AUGAGUGAGCGAGCGGAUGAACCAGGUCUGCGAGCCGGCGGGGGGAGGAGGACGAGGAAGAAGGCGAGGCCGGGCGCCUCGACCGAGUUCCGGGGCGUGAGCCGGCGUCCGAGCGGCAGGUACGGGGCGCAGAUCAGAGAGUCCAAGGGGGGAGUUCGGAGUCACAGAUGGCUCGGCUGUUUCGACACCGCCGAGGACGCCGCCAGAGCGUACGACGCCGCGGCCGUCGAGCUGCACGGCGAGGCGGCAAUAACUAACUUCGAGCAGCUCGCCCCUAUUGGCGACGGCGGCAAGACGCCGCUCCUAGCCGAGCUUUCCGGCCAAGAAGCCGGGACGGAGCUCCGCCGCGGGCACCUGCAUCGGAGCGCUGGGCAGACAUGGGGCUCGAAGGGGAAAGCCGCGCUGUCACUGGGAUGCUCCGACCUAACGCCGGCGGAGGGCAGGCAGGUGGACGAGUUGCUCAUGGACAUGGACUCCACUGACGACAGGGAGGCGCUCAUCGAAGCGGCUGCGAUUCUUCAGCAGAUUUCGCAAGCUGUGCCAUGGAGAUGGUGGUAG